UACAUAUGUAUGUAUCUCUGUGCGUGUGAGAGGUGUUUGUCUUUCCCAUCAUCAAAAGACUCUAAAAAAGCUUCUCAAAAGAACUCAGCUUUUAUUUCUUUGUCUGCCAUUAAUUUCCCAUAAAUCUAAUACUUCACUUCUGCCCACCCUCCCCACACAUCUCCUUCUCUCCAACAUCUCCUUUUCUCUCUCUCUCUCUCUCUCUCUGCAUACUUGCCUGCAAUUUCUUUUGUGGGUAUUGUUCUCAACCUCCAUUGAACAUUCCGGCCAACUCACUGGAGACCCCUGUUUUGGGUUGUUCUUAAAACUCCACUUUCUUGCGAGAAAACAGGAAGGGAAGAGACGGAAAGCCUGUGCUUUUAGUUUUUUACUCUGUGAAAUCUCCAUCUGGGUUUUGUGAUUUACCUCAUUUUCUCAUCUGGGUUUUCCUCAAAUCCCUCAUAAACCCAUUCAAUCACUUAAGAAGACAAGUGAAAAUGAUCAAACUCAUUGACCUGUACCAUGUUCUCACAGCUGUUGUUCCACUCUAUGUGGCCAUGAUCUUAGCCUAUGGCUCAGUGAAAUGGUGGAAAAUCUUCAGCCCUGAUCAGUGUUCAGGCAUCAACCGUUUUGUUGCCCUCUUUGCAGUCCCUUUGCUUUCUUUCCACUUCAUCUCCUCCAACAAUCCCUAUGCCAUGAACUACAGGUUCAUAGCUGCUGAUUCUCUUCAAAAAGUCGUAGUCCUUGUGGUUCUAGCCAUCUGGUCAAGAACAAGCUCUAGAGGCUGUCUUGAAUGGGCCAUCACUCUGUUUUCUCUCUCCACACUUCCCAACACACUUGUAAUGGGGAUUCCUCUGUUGAAAGGCAUGUAUGGUAAUGACUCAGGAAGCCUCAUGGUCCAAAUAGUUGUCCUCCAAUGCAUCAUUUGGUACACUCUGAUGCUUUUCUUGUUUGAAUACAGAGGAGCUAGGCUUCUCAUUGCUGAGCAAUUCCCAGACACUGCUGGGUCCAUUAUCUCUUUCAGAGUUGACUCUGAUAUCAUAUCUCUUGAUGGUAAAGAACCAUUGCAGACUGAGGCUGAGGUUGGUGAAGAUGGGAAGCUUCAUGUAACGGUGAGAAAAUCAACCAGUUCAAGGUCUGAAAUCUUCUCAAGGAGAUCCCAUGGGCCUAAUUCAGGCGUCUCAUUGACACCACGCCCAUCAAAUCUAACAAAUGCAGAGAUUUACUCUCUGCAAUCAUCAAGAAACCCAACUCCCAGGGGUUCUAGUUUCAACCACACAGAUUUCUAUUCAAUGGUGAAUGGAAAGAAUGCUAGCAAUGUGAGCCCAAGGCAAUCAAACUUUGGGAAUUUGGGUUUUGAUGAAGAGAAUGGAAUUGGUGGAUUUGGGAAUCAUUCAAGGGCUAAUGGGGUGUAUGGGCAGGGGAAUUCAGGGUACCCUGCUCCAGCGAAUGCCGGGAUUUUCUCUCCGGCAGCGGGGCCCGGUGGGAAGAAGAGGGCAAAUGGGGGAGAGGGUGGGAAAGAUCUUCAUAUGUUUGUUUGGAGCUCGAGCGCUUCGCCGGUAUCGGAGGGAGGGAUUCAUGUGUUCAGAGGAGGAGAUUAUGGAAAUGAGCUUGGUGGUGUUACACACACCAAAGAUUAUGAUGAGUACGGUCGAGACGAGUUUAGUUUUGGAAAUGGACCGGUUGCAAAUGGGGCUGACCGAGAGGGACCGGUCCUCUCUAAGCUCGGUUCAAGCUCCACAGCCGAGCUCCACCCCAAGACUGGUGCUCAAGGGGAAUCCAAGACAACCUCAAUGCCACCUGCUAGUGUUAUGACCCGACUUAUUCUGAUAAUGGUGUGGAGGAAGCUCAUUAGGAAUCCAAAUACUUAUUCCAGCCUAUUUGGUCUCACUUGGUCUUUGAUCUCAUUCAAGUGGGGUAUUGUGAUGCCUGCAAUAAUAGCCAAAUCGAUAGCUAUCCUAUCCGAUGCUGGUCUUGGAAUGGCAAUGUUUAGUCUAGGUUUGUUCAUGGCAUUGCAGCCCCGAAUCAUUGCUUGUGGGAACACAAUUGCUUCCUUUGCCAUGGCCGUUCGAUUCCUCACAGGUCCAGCAGUCAUGGCUGCUGCUUCCAUUGCUGUUGGAUUACGAGGUGUACUGUUGCACAUUGCAAUUGUUCAGGCAGCUCUUCCACAAGGAAUUGUUCCUUUCGUCUUUGCCAAGGAAUACAAUGUUCAUCCUGACAUACUAAGCACCGGGGUCAUAUUUGGGAUGCUAAUAGCUCUUCCUAUAACACUGGUUUACUACAUCGUGUUGGGACUUUGAAGUUGAAGCACUAAAGCUGUGCUGCUGAGAGACUCAACUAGUCACAAAAUUAGAUCUGACCCUUUUGGAAACUGGUAUUUUUGGCUUCUAACAGAAGAACAUAGAAGGAAGAAAUUCAGAACUUAGUAGGAAAGAGAAAAGAUGGUUAAGAGAAGAGGGAAAUGCUAAGAAGAUAAGACCUCUUUUACAAAAGGCUGAUAGGGAGAGAAGAUUGAAGAAACAUCAUUUGAAAAAUGAUAUAAUGAUCACCAUUGGCAGCUUAGAGUAGUAAUUUUUUGAUGUCUUUUUUCUACUUCCACUUUCUUAUGAACCACCUUUGUACCCUUUUGUGUUCUUGUUCUUUUGAUGAACAAAGUUAAGCUUGUUUGUAGUUGAGAGAUAUCACUAUAUAUAUAUAUUGGCCUUUUUUGAAGAAA